GACGAUAAGACAUAACAUUAUGAUGGUCAAGUUAUUUCUUUGGAUCUUUUCUUACAUUACUCAUUACAUUUUUUGCUAGCAAUUAAUUCCACCGGCAAGUCUUCGUUUGGUCAAGUUAGCCAGAACGUGGCAGUAAUGAACGUCACAGUAAACAAAACAAAUUCAUAUGGUCAUAUGGUCAUGAGGAAACAAUCGCAUCAAUGGCAAUGUCAAUGAUGGGUGUGGUAAGCAACAGUCUUCUUAUCAUUGUUAUUCUGGUGGAUCCUCUUCAUAUUAUAAGACGAGGACCAUGGAUAACUAUUCUUAGCUUAGCCUCAGCCGAUUUUAUUGCUUCUCUUUCAAAGUUCUUGACACUUGGAUUAGCAGUGGAGUUUGGUAUGGAAGUGUCAAGUGAAAUCAAGUUUGCUUGUUCAUACAUGUGGAUGCUUGGAGCGGCAGGCUCAUUUUUUCACUUGACAUCACUUACAUGGCAAACCCUUGCCACUGGUAAAUAUUCUAUACGUAGUCGACAGAUGUUAUCUACGAAGAAAGUUAUCAUCCUAUGCAUAACAAUGUGGUUUGUGGCCAGUUGCAUUGCUUUAGGAGAAAUUUCACAUGAAAUUUUCGAUAUUUCGUUCGAGCGGGCGAUGCAUAUCUAUAUAAAGGAAUAUGCCGUUUUAGAAUUUGCUGUUUUCCUCCAAAUUAUCAUGAAGUGUUUUAUCAUCAAGGAAGUAAUGCUAAGUCGACGAAAUGCAAAUAUUAAUGGGAAACAACAGAACAGUAAACACCUCGAAAUUGCAAAGACAAUCGUCAUUCUGAAUAUAGUUUUAUUUGUAACUGCCUUUCCAUAUUUUGUCGCCAAACAAGUGGAAUUCAUCGAGAGAUUAGGGAAAAUACAGAGCAGCUAUGCUCGACAUUUUGCAGAGCACUAUGAACCAGUUGCUUUGUUGAAUUUUGCUCUCAAUCCAAUCUUAUACGCACUUAGGCUUGAGCAUUAUCACGAUAGUCUUAAAUCCUUUUUUAGAUGUUUUCGAAAUUCGAAAUCUAAUCUCAAUUCUCGGAACUAUACAUCUGUUUCUAGAAAAAACGCAGCAGAUGUGUAAAUACAAUGCAAGAUGGCCCAUGGUAGCGACUUUUUUGGUAAACUGCAAUAAUUGGCCAUUGAUUCUUCAUUCAACAUUUAUAAACUAGUGUGACAAAGCUGCACGAUAUCUACUUGUUAAGUAUUUAACAGUAGAGAAUACAUGUAGAUAAAAAGAAAUUCCUCAAAGAUGCUUCCACAAAGAUAUAAAUUGUUGUGGCACGUAA